GUGGGGGGGACUUGGGGGGGGGAGGUGGAUUCAUUCGGGUAUACGCGACGGGGAUCGGGGCUUGGAUCGGACGCCGGGGCUCCCCUUGGGAAACUCUUGGGAAACACGAUGAAGGAUGGUUUGUGAGAUUUUGAGAAGAGGGGGAAAAAGGAAGUUUGUCCGGUCCUGGAUCAGUUUCUCUGUCAUGUAGCCAAGACUGGAGAAACAAUGAUUCAGUGGUCCCAAUUUAAAGGUUAUUUUAUUUUCAAACUGGAGAAAGUGAUGGAUGAUUUCAGAACUUCAGCUCCUGAACCAAGAGGUCCUCCCAAUCCUAAUGUUGAAUAUAUUCCCUUUGAUGAAAUGAAGGAAAGAAUACUGAAAAUUGUCACUGGAUUUAAUGGUAUCCCUUUUACUAUUCAACGACUAUGUGAAUUGCUAACAGAUCCAAGAAGAAAUUAUACAGGAACAGACAAAUUUCUCCGAGGAGUAGAAAAGAAUGUGAUGGUUGUUAGCUGUGUGUGUCCUUCUUCAGAGAAGAACAGUUCUAAUAGUUUAAACCGAAUGAAUGGUGUUAUGUUUCCUGGAAACUCACCAAACUAUACUGACAGGUCUAAUAUAAAUGGGCCUGGAACACCCAGGCCACUUAAUCGACCAAAGCUUUCUUUGUCAGCCUCCUUGACAACAAAUGGUUUGCCUGAGAGCACAGAUAGCAAAGAGUCAGACCUACAGCCAAGUGAAGAGAAAGUCCACAGCAGUGAUUCUCCAGGAUCCGAAUCCGAGGUUUCCUCACUGAGCCCUGUUAAAAACAAACAUCCAGAUGAAGAUGCUGUGGAGGCCGAGGAGCAUGAGGUGAAAAGACUGCGGUUUGAUAAGGAAGGUGAAGUCCGAGAGCCAGCCAGCCAGACGGUGUGCAGUGACGGCUCAGUCAGAGCACAGGACGCGGAAGCAGCGUCGUCCCCUCCGGAGCAGGACAGGGAAGGUCGCAGCAGGCAGCACUGCACAGAAGAGGACGACGAGGAGGAGGAGGACGAGGAAGAGGAGGAGGAGGAAGAAUCUUUUAUGACACCAAGAGAAAUCGUCCCAGAAAGGAAAAAUCAAGAAAAAGAAUCUGAAGACACCUUAGCUGUGAAUGAAGAGCCUUCAGAGGAGGGUGCUCCCAUGGAGGACUCGGAGCGGUCUCCAGCUCAGAGAGGUCCUCCCCCAGAGAGGAGGGACGGCACAGGGGCUGUGAGGAGUGGUUCUGACUGCCUGGAGACGGAAGAGCCGGGAGGGCCCAGGAAAGCUGGAGAGGGUGUCUCGGUGUCACCCAUGGAGAACGACGACGACGAUGACACCACAGACGUCACCGACGAACCCAUGGAACAAGACUUAACGACUUAGAGACACUUAGAGCAGUAUUUUACAUACAGUUCUGGUUUUACACUGUAUCAAACUUUUAAGUAAUAAAGUGGACCUUUAGUUUUACAAGAAAAACAGGCUGUAAAAUAAAGAACCUUAAGAAUAAA